AUGCCGCUUGUGAUACUCACCGGAUACCCCUGCUCCGGUCUCACAUACCGUGCAAACCAGCUCGCGUCCCUUAUCGAGAAAACGCAGGAUGCGAUCUUCGCGUCCUCCGAGUCCGCAUCGCCGGUCACAUUAAAGGCUCGGUAUAAAGUCCACGUUGUCCCUUCACAUGACGCAUCGCAUCCGAGAACUGUGUACGACCAUGCACGGACGGAGAAGGAGGCGCGUGGUGUUGCGUAUGCGCGCGCGAAGCGGGCUUUGACGAAGGACAGCAUUGUCCUCCUCGAUGGGAUGAAUUAUAUCAAGGGAUGGAGGUAUCAGCUCUGGUGUGAAACCAAGGCUGCUGGGACAACAUGCUGCGUGGUUCAUGUUGGAACACCAAUUGACCAGUGCGUCGCCAACAAUGACGCUCGGUUGAAGCGACAGGCUCAGAAAGACGACUCACAGACUCCCGAGAAAACGACAGUGUCCGGCGAAGCUCAGUCUACCGACAACGAGGAGCCUUACCCCUCAGACCUGCUUAACAACCUCAUCUUCCGUUACGAAGAACCCAGCACCCACAGCCGCUGGGACAAACCUUUAUUCACCGUCCCCUGGGAAGAUAAGGAGCCUCCCGUUGCGGAUAUCUUCCAAGCUCUCACAGGAGUUGUCCUGCCAUCCACAGAGACACCUACAGAUACCCCGGUAUCAGCUCUCACUGAAUCACUUGCAUCAUCCACUAUUUCCGAAGUCGCCAGCACAACUACCACGGGCAGAGCCUUUGGUCGCGGGCAGUCACUACGACCCAGGAUUAUCCCUCACCAGGCCACUGUCCAAGCCGCCGCAACGGACUCGGGCGCUCUGUACGCCAUGGAAAAGCGCACGUCAGCUAUUGUAACAGCCGUCCGCACCUUCACGCAAUCGUCUCCGUCCGCCGAGGCUGCCCUUGCGCAGAGUAAAGACUUCAACGGUAUCACUAUUGACGUGCCCGAUGCAUCUAUCCCCAUUAUUGUCCCGGCCCAUAUUGCUACCACCGGUACAACCGACGAGCUAGCCGGCGCAGGUGGCAUUCUGGCCCAGCCGAAGCUUCAAAGACUGCGUAGGCAGUGGAUCACUCUGAACCGACAGUAUAUUGGGCAUGGCCAUGGAGCGGGAACUGGGGGAUUGUCAGAUGCCCAGAUCCCAGACGCAUUUGUGCGGUUUUUGAACUCAAAUAUCAGUGGCGACGACGCGGACGCGUAG